CUCUCUCUCUCUCUCUCCCCCCCUCUCCCCUCUAUAAUUUUCUUUUCCUUUUCUUUCUUCCGCUCCAUGUGGUCUCUACACUAGCCUUAUUUCACUACCCUCUCCUAGCUGCCUCCUCUCACAUUUUUCUCUUCUUCUACAAUAUUAUUUCUCCAGUUCUCCUUCACGUCCUUCUUUUCAUGUGACCAACUUGCUGGGGUAAAGAGAUGGUUGCUGAAACGUGGUUUCGUGGUCUGUGGAAGAUUUCACAGAAGCAUGAACCCGGUCCUCAGAAGGCAGUUGUUGGAGUUUUGGCCUUUGAAGUUACAAGCUUGAUGUCAAAGCUGGUUCAUCUUUGGCAGUCUUUGAGUGAUAAGCAGGUUACUAGGUUGAGAGAAGAGAUCGCAAAUUCUGAGGGUAUAAAAAAGCUUAUAGCUGAGGAUGAUGAUUUCAUUGGUCGUUUGAUUUGUUUAGAGAUGAUGGAAAGUAUGGUACAUGUUGCAAAACCUGUGGCCAGACUAGGUAAUAAAUGUAGUGAUCCUAGUUUGAAGGGCUUUGAGCAUCUUUUUGAUGAAAUGAUCAAGAUUCAUGCUGACCCAUAUGGGUGGGGAUUUACUUGUAAGAAGAUGGACAAGAAAGUUAAAAAGAUGGAGCGUUUUAUUUCAGUUAAUGCUACUUUGUAUCAAGAGAUUGAAAUGCUUGCUGAUCUCGAACAGACUGUGAGGAGAAUGAAGGGCAGCAAUCCUCAGCCAGAUAAUUUACUUGACUAUCAGAAGAAGCUUGUAUGGAAGCAGCAGGAAGUGAAAAAUCUGAGGGAGAUCUCACUCUGGAAUAGAACUUAUGAUUAUACAGUUCGCCUCUUAGUAAGAUCAUUGUUCACUAUAUAUAGUAGAAUCAGUCAUGUGUUUGGAAUUAAUCGAACAGCAUACUCUGGGCAAUCAAAAGCUCUGAAUUCUGACUAUAUUUACCAAAGCCAGUCAGUUUCUGCAUUGCUGCAGUCUUCUGUUCAUCCAUCUGAGGAUAGUACUCUUCCUAGAUUUUCUUCUGCCCCCCUUGGUAAGUUCAUUGCAAAUUCUGGCCCAAUUUCAAAAUCGAACAAAAAUAAUUCCUAUUCAGGUCCUCUUGGUGGCUCAAUCACAAAGUCAGGCCCUAUUUCUGGAAAGAACAGGAACGUGAACUUUUUCUCAGGUCCACUUGGGGGGGCAACGACUAAGUCGGGCCCAAUUUCUGGAAUAGCUAAAGCUGGCAAGAAGUUUUGGCGAACGCCUCAAUCACCUGCCUUUCUGGGAAGGAAACCGCCUUCAAAGCCAAAUCGGUUGACUCAAGUGGGACCUUUUAAAGGAUGCAUGGUAGCUUCAAACACUUCUCCUGUCGCCAAUUGCUACUUAAUUUCAUCUGAUGUUCAUUCCAGAAACCUCAACGGAGCCAAGGAGAGUAAUGCUGACCAUCUUCCUCCUGGAAGUGCAAGUCGAACCGGUCCAUCAAUCUUCAGUUCACAGCGUAAGUUGUUGCAAGCUCUCCCCGAAACCCUUGGUGGUGCUGCUUUAGCAUUGCACUAUGCUAAUGUUAUUGUUGUAAUCGAGAAGCUAGCUGCAUCUCCUCACUUGAUUGGCCAUGAUGCGAGAGAUGACCUGUACAAUAUGUUGCCUGCAAGCGUGAGAACUGCUCUGAGGGAAAGGCUAAAGCCAUACUCCAAGAGCUUGUGUUCAUCAGUUUAUGAUACUGUGCUUGCAGGAGAGUGGACUGAGGCAAUGGCAUCAAUAUUAGAAUGGUUGGCUCCACUUGCUCAUAAUAUGAUAAGAUGGCAAUCAGAGCGAAGUUACGAGCAACAAACCUUCGUUUCUCGGACAAACAUGCUUCUGGUACAGACCCUUUACUUUGCCAAUCAAGAAAAGACAGAAGCAGCAAUAACUGAGCUUCUGGUUGGUCUGAAUUACAUUUGGAGGUUCGGGCGAGGACUCAAUGCACAAGCCUUGCAGGAGGAUGCUAGCAGUAUAAUGUUUGAUGAAUACUUGGAGGUGGAGAAGUGACCUUUUCUUCCAGGCUGUGGCAAUCACCCGUGCAAUCCAGUUACCUCAUGUUUGACAGGAUUUGACGUGGAUGAAGAUCCCGGCAGGUCCCUGGGGCAUUUUAGUAACAUCAUUCGUUUUCUUUCUGCUGAGGACAUUAACGUCGUGCAUUCUCUCUGGACAUCCCAAAUGCCUGGACAUCCUAAAUGCCGAAAUUGUAUGGUUAGUGAGUUGAAGGUAAUAGGUAGUUUGAGCUUGAAUAUACUAGUUCUAUUCUUUCUUUUGUGAAUGGAGGUUUUCAUCUGUUAGCCAUUGAAAAUGGUGGUUCCUCUAUUCUCGCCCUCUUAGAGCCAGUUCAGCCUUACUAAUCAGGCUGCUAUUGAAUGAUUUGUAAUUUGUGUAUACUUGUCAGCAAUACCUACUUUUAUUAAUUGUAAAUUUACCACGCAAGGUUUUGGAUCGUAAAUGGAUUGAUGGUUGAGCA